GGUCGAUCUCAAUCGUUGAAUUUGCUAAGAUCCUGAGUGAGUUUGAAGAUGGUGUUGAUCGAAAGCGAGAGCGAUGAAGAAAUCUCCGUUAAAGAAGAACCAAAUCCGUCGCGUGAUUCCUCGUCGCAGCCCGAAGCAACGGAGGCGAAAUUUGCCGGCGGAGAUGAUUCCGAUGGAUUCGAAACUGCCAGCGAACGUGAAAUGAGCGAUAACGAAGAAGAAGAUGAAAGUAGUGUUAGGGAACAAGUCGCUGUAUCGAACAAGGAAUCGCAAGAUGCCAUCAGCGAUUGCCGAUCAAAACAGAAGAAAGACUUGGAAGACGCAAAUGAAGCUAAAGUGGAAGGAAAUAAACUAUUUGGUAAUGGUCUUUACGAAGAUGCAUUAUCAAAAUAUGAGCUUGCUCUACAGGUUGCUCAGGAUUUUCCUGAAUCUUUGGAGCUUCGAUCAAUUUGCCAUUCAAACAGAGCUAUAUGUUAUCUCAAAUUGGGGAAAUAUGAAGAAGCAAUCAAGGAAUGCACAAAAGCAAUAGAGCUGAAUCCAAAUUACACCAAAGCUUUUGUCCGUCGAGCAGAAGCUCAUGAGAAGCUUGAACACUUUGAAGAAGCCCUCACAGACUUGAAGAAGAUAUUAGAACUAGACCCUUCAAACGAUCAGGCUAGAAAAGGGAUUCGGCGUUUGGAACCCUUGGCGGCUGAAAAGCGAGAAAAGAUGAAAGAAGAAGCCAUAGCAAAGUUGAAGGAGAUGGGGAACUCGAUCUUGGGUAAAUUUGGGAUGAGUGUAGACAACUUCAAGGCUGUUAAAGAUCCAAACACUGGCUCUUACUCUUUUUCUUUCCAAAAUUAGUCAACCACAUUCUCAUGUUUCUGCAUCAACCAUUUCAUGUUCAUCGUGGUAAUAUCAAGUUCGUUUUGUUGUUGAAAGCUGCAUUGUUAUGCUUCUGUAAAUUCUUUGUUACGGUGAAGAAAAUUUUCCCCUUUUG